AUGAAACGAUUUAGAGAGAGUGAAAAAGAAUUAUAUAAUCUAGAUUCUGCUAAAGAAUUAAUAGAUGAAGAGGUUAAAAUAAAAAAUACAAGCUAUUCAGGCCAUUAUGUCCUACUUUAUGAUGUUGAUGAUAAUUAUGUUCAUUUGAUGAAUCCAUCAGGUGGUAUAAUUUAGAGGGUACUUUUGAUAAAUUUAGAACUGGCAAGGAGAGUUCAAGGUACAGAUCAAGAUACUGUAUUUAUUUAUAAUUGA